AUGGCGAAGCAAGCGAGCGAAGUUCUGAAUCAAAAAGUUGUUGACUUGGAAAAUCAAAAAGCUGAAGAUGAGAUCGGGAAAGAAAAAAUGCAGAUUCUGCAUCUGGAAAUUCAAGAAAAUAGAAGAGAAAUCAAAGAGUUCCAUGCAGAGAAUAUUCGGAUGAAAACGGAAAACGAAGUGAAGCAACAAAUGAUUCAACAGCUUCUGGAUAAAUUAUCCAGUGCCACGCCAUCAGGAAAUAGCUACAGUAAUCCACCUGCCACAACAUCUGGUCGGGACUACAAUAACCCAGUCAACUACCGUAGACCUGAAUCACCGUCUCUUGGAUCAAACUGCAGUAAUCCUCGGCAGCUUGUCGUCCGCAGUACCCCAGACUCUCCAUAUAACAGUAAUCCGGGAUCCGAAUGCUCUGAAUCCGACUACCGUAAUCCGGGAACUUCAAAUUGCAAAAUUUGUCGACACGAAUUAAAAUCUGACAAUCAAAUCUACAAAUGCUUCCAAUGCAGAUGCCCAUCUCAUACUAAUUGUGCCUCAAAUUGGCUCAAAACCCGCCAAGAGUGUCCGUCGUGCAAUGGAACAUUCCUCAAUUCCAACAGAAAUUGA